AUGUGCUUGUCUACAAUUUUGUAUUUUACGUUGUGGUUGAUCUCCUGUGUUAUAAGUCAAGAUCCUACGGCUAAUUUGCCACAAGGACGAAUAGUCGGGAUAAAAGUUUAUACCGAGGCGUCUCUGACACCUGUAGAAAUAUUCUACGGGAUUCCUUACGCCAACGCCCCUACAGGAAAGUUUAGGUUUUCCGCUCCUGAACGACACUCGGGCUGGAGGCGAACUUUCUUUGCUCAUCGAAUGCCUCCUCGGUGUCCGCAACAAAAUAUGGAUAGCGAGAAUUACAACGAAGAUUGUCUUUUUCUAAACAUCUUCGCUCCAAGGCGAGUGGAUGGAAAAUUACAUCCUGUCAUGGUUUUGCUUUAUAGCGAAACGUGGUUGCGUGGGGGACCUACAUUGCCAUGUCAAGAAUUAGCAUCUGAAGGAGUUAUUGUGAUUACUGUAAAUUACCGCUUACAUUUACUAUCAUUCUUCUCUCUUAACUCUGUAGCGGCCCGAGGCAAUCUUGCACUUUUAGAUCAGUACCUCGCUUUAUUAUGGAUUCGAGAAAAUAUUGCUGCAUUUGGUGGAGACCCGAACGCAAUUACACUUGUUGGACAUUCUGCUGGUGCUGACUGUGUGUUAAAUCAUAUGGUGUCUCCCCGCUCACUAGGUUUGUUUCAUAGAGCAAUAGUAAUGUCUCCACGAGAUAUUUGGCGAGCAGUUAAUAAAGAAAUAAGUGUGAAUGCCUCGCAAGUUGAUCGAGUAUCUCGAGCCGCUGCCGAAAGCUUGGGUUGCUAUAGUAAGAUGGAUAGUGAUAUUCUUAGCUGCAUGCGAUCCCGAGCAAUUUCGGACAUUGUUUCAAUUCCUUUGAAUGAAACUUGGCUAAAUGAUUUACAACCAGUAUCCGACAAUUUCUUACCAGAUUCGGAACAAUAUUUACCAAUGUCAAUAUCGGAAGCAUUGACGUCACCGAAAACCUCUAAUAUUCAGCUUGAUUUACUCAUGGGUACAACAAGUCUCGAAGCAAUUAACUACAAUGAUAAUAUUUACGAAGAUUUGAUGAAACAAGGUAGUCGUCACGUUUUUGAGUUUGCAAUGACAAAAGCAAUACCUGAAAUAUUGAGUAUGCUGUCCUUGCAAGGACAAGAAAUUUCACCAACGUUAACACAAGCAAUUAGAUGGGAGUUCUGGGGUCCUUCUAUUCGCAAGGAAGAAGAAAAAAAUAACCUGGAAGCUGUUGAAGCUCUCGCGCGAAUGGAAACUUCAGCAAAGUGGGGAGCCGGAGGAGCUCUCUUAGCCGCAAGGCUAGCUCGUCGUGUAACAAAUCUUUACGUUUACCGUUUUAUUCAGCCUUCUGAAGUUGAUAUGCAAGGACGUCAUUUAAAUUUUUCGGGAGCCGUACAUGGAGCAGAUUUAAUUGCGCUCUUAGGAGAUGCGCUAAUGUUACAAAUAGCUCGAAGGCCUGCUUCCGAUAGCGAAAAACGAAUUUCAUCACUUUUUCGCAAACAUAUUGCUAACUUUGUAAAAUUUGGAUAUCCCGGAAUAAAUAAUGAAUGGCAACGGUAUAAACCAGGAGAUGCCUAUGUGCAAGAUAUUCGUGAUGAAGUUAAUGGAAAUUAUAAAACAUUGUCUACUUCUAGAGAUGUUGCAUUUUGGCUUAAAUAUUUGCCAAUUCUUUCUAAUCUCCAUAAUAGUAAAGAGCAUUCCGAACAAAUAACAUCGGAAAAUGGUGAAAACCGUCUACGCGGCGGUAUGUUUGCAAUGAGUGGAGUAUCGAUUGUGCUGUUGCUGUUGCUUUGUGUGGCUGCGAUUUUGCUCCAUCGCCAUCGAACACGACGAGAAAUGCAGACAUUUGACAGCGACGUGAUGAAUCAUCAUUGA